AUGGUCAAACCCGUGUCUAUCCUGGUCACAGGCUUUGGACCCUUUGACGAUUCUGGAGCUGGCAACCUCUCAUACUCAAUCGUGACGACGUUGCCCAAAUUCCUCCCCGCAACCCCUUCGAGCCAGAUUCCGAUACGCAUCGUCGUGCAUCCCUACGACAUACCCGUGAUAUACAACGAGGUCCGGUCACUCGUGCCACGCCUUUACGAUGCAUACAGCCACGAAGUCGAUAUAUGGCUUCACUUUGGCAUGCGCCCUGGCCAAGGUUCGUACUCGAUCGAGCUAGUCAGCCGCCGUGAUGGCUACGACCAGGACGCCGACAUCACAGGCCACGCGCUUCCUGGCAAUGAAGGCGACUCGUUCUUUCGGGGAUGCCCCGGGACCCUUGACAGUACGCUCGAUACCCAAGACGUCUUCACCCGUUGGCGCUCCAAGCUGCUCGAUGCGCCAGAGGUCUCGCCGGAACUCGGUGCGGUGCGUAUUCGCAAAAGCAGCGAUCCGGGACAUUUCAUNUGCGACUUUCUCUACUAUUCCGUCCUUGCUGAACACUGGAGGAGAAAGAAUGGCGUCGACGGUGGUCCGCGUCCGCCAGAUCUGAUGCCCGUCAUGUUCCUAAACGUACCGACAGAGAAUACCGUUGAGCAGUUGCGGAGAGCCAGGCAUGUCACAAUCUGCCUCAUGCAAGCUCUAGCCGAGAGUUGGACAUUGAAAAGAGGUGGAUCGGAAAAUGAGUCGAAACCAUAA